AUGUGUCACUAUCAACCAUGGGAAGAUGAUUCAGCACAAAAUGAAGAUUAUGAACAAAGUACUCGAAAUAACACAGUGCAUGUGAAUGCAAGGUUGGAGAACCGGGUAGCAGUAUUGGAGGCACGGAUGGCAAAUGUUGAGGCUCGAGUGGAAAGACUUGAGGCAAAGAUGUUCUUUUUGGAAAAGGGAAUGCGCAUAGUAUGUGCAUUGCUUUUUGUUACUCUUGCAUAUGCUUUAUGUAAAUGA